AUGAGCCGAAUUCCAGUCCCAAUCACCCAGGUGAGUACGGCAGCAGAUCAUACUGCAAGCCAUUCCGAGUCUUUUGGCCCUCCUGUUUUGGACAGUACCGGUCCGAAUCCAGUCGGCGAUGGACAGGGCGAUGCGAUGGCUGCCCUGUUUGAGGGAGACAAUUUGAGUGAUGUGGAUAUGGAGGAAACCGUUGCCCUUCCUAUUCGAGUGGAGACUUUUCCCGCCAAUUUUAACCGACAGCCAAGCACAUCAUACCAAGAUGGCAGAGCUACAGAGGUGCCUGAGAACGACACCUGCAAUCUGGCAGAGGAGAUGGAAUUAACCAAGUGCUUGCCGUCACUACUACCACAACACACAUCCACCUCAAAACCCAACUUUCCCGAAUUCCAACGAGCCCCGAUUCCCGCACCGAAUUCAGUCAGCCACCAAAACCCCAAUGCCAAUUCCGGUGCAGAUUAUGCGACCACCACCACAGGCGCAAGCAUCCAAAACCCGGUGCAGGACUCGAACGCACCCGCAAGUUCGGUACCGGUCCCGCUUUCGGUCCCGGAAUUCACCACCGCUCCGACGGCUCGGGCAAUGGCAGGUAGCGAAGAUCCGUACGACCACCAUGUACUGAAUGAUAGCUUUGAAGAGGACUUUGGGGAUGGACGGGCGGACGCAACUGUGCGGAUGGAUAUGACGGAGUUGGUAGGUAGGGGUAUACUGCAGGCAAAUGGGUUGCUAGCCAAUGAGAUUGCAGAGAAUAGCAGCUCACGGUCCAAUGAGAACGGGGCUAUGGCGUCGGGAGACCAGCUGACAGCCAAUGAAAACACAGAGUUCAUGGAUUUUACGGAGGUGGUUGGUGGCGUGUUGUCAGCGUCUGGGGAGACGGGCAGUACCAAUGCAAACACCGGUACAAACAGGAAUAUAAGCACAAAAAAGGUACAUGUCGGCCCUAAUUUGGGUGAACAGGACAGCCAUAUCGCACCCCGUGGUAGGAAUAAAGUGGACGAGAGAUCUGUCAACACACAGGUGGAUAUGGACACUGACACGACAAACACUAUGCGCAUGGAUAUGACUGAGGCAGUAGGGGGCAUUCUGCAUGCACUCCCGGCAUCAGGAGACCAUGCUGACAGGUCGGAACUUCAGCACAAACAGGCCACCGGAGAUACAGAGCCACAGUCAACCGACACCGAUCGUAUGGAUAUGACCGAAGCGGUGGGCCGUAUACUGAAUGCCGACGAAGGUACUAUAAAGAUACCGAACUUCUUUCUCCCGGUAUUGGUAUCAGAUGACGUAUCGGAAUCAUCCGGGAGACGUGAUACGAGCUCACCACCUGGUAGUAAGCGAAGCUCCCCACGAGCCAAUGAGAAGACCAAUGAGAAUGCAGAGAAUGAGCGCGAGGAUGUUGUCGCCAAAAGGCCGCGGCGGGAGAGCGAGCAGUUGGUCAGCACUCUGAACGACCUCAGCGUCCAACCCAGCGGCAGUGGAGGCGUUGCCAUGGUUACGAACCAGCAGUUGGGUCGCCCCGACAAUAGCGAUAGGAAUGGGACUACGAGCUCAAGACCGAGCGAAGUGGCUCGCACAGAUACGCACCCCAACCCAGCCAAUGGGACCGAACCGGGGCAGGACACAGAUAGGGUGGUGCUGCACACGGAUGUGGCCAACACCCACACCCACACACCUGCACCUGCGCACUCGGGACAGGACUUGUCCUCGCACCACGGCGACGGCGAGCCCACCGAGGUCACCACACACUCCCACACCCAGAAUCUGACCCACACGCACACACACAACCUCACCACAGCCAGUACAACGGGCAUGCUGGACGUGUCCUCUAUCUCCCACAGCCCCACAACCGCCCGGUCACUGAACACCACCCGCGUGUUGGCGGCGACCCAGGCCGGUCUAUUAAUAGCACAAUCGUCCGUUGCCAUGGCGACGGCCGAGCCGCCGAUCGAGGCCACCAGCACGGAUCAGGACCAGAAUACACUCGUUGCCAUGGCAACGCGGCGCGGGGGCUCGCGCUUGAGUGUGUCACGCGCGCCUACCCCUGUGAAGGAUUUGGGACCCCCCCACUGUGAAUCCAAUCAGUGUACACGACUUCCUGUCUCUCUCACAGACCCAUUUCAUGGACAAUUUGGUAACUCGAAGGUGUGUAUGAGUGUAUGGCGAUACUGGUAG